UAACCUUUGUUGCGUUGUUGUCGGUGGAAACAUCCUUUUGCAGACGAAGCUCUACACAGAUGGUGACGUAACGAUCAAGCAGCACUACCUGUGUAGGGAGCUGAAGGAGCAUAACAAAGAGGAGAUAUCCAUCCCUCCAGUUCCAGGACAAGAGGAGGAGAUGUCUACUGAUUCUGUCAAGCAGAAGGCAGAUCAGUUAGAUCUAGUUCCUGUUCUUACUAUGUGUGGGGUGGUCACUCCAACCUCUAGCUGUCCACCUGAUGAGAAGGUUAGAAGAUAUGAACUGGCCAACCACAAAGUAUCAGUGAACAUAUUCUAUAAUGGAAAGCAUGUGUCUACCUCUGAGCCAUCCAUGUUCGACAACAGUGACUUCAGAGUUCAAAUUCAACAGAUGUUCAACAUGCAGAUUGUACACAGCCCAGAGAACAUUAUGCUUGAGAUUUGUGAGACAGUGAAACAAAAGAGCACUGUUGUGGCCAAAAUGUAUGUGCCCAUACCAGACAGGAACAUGCUCUCUAGCAACGCUACAAUGGAGAGGUCAGAGUUCAGCAGUGACAAAGCCAUCAAGGCCUACUAUGCUGGUGUUGGGAGCAAUGUCCCAUUCAAACUAGAGAAGGAGGAUGCUGAGGAGUGCCUCAUGACCUCUGGGAGGCUGCUGUAUGUUGUCUCCUGGGCUGUGGAUGAGAGUGGCUUUCCCAUGGCGCCCACUGCCCCACCACACAGACCCAGCUCAACCAGACCCAUGGCCAGCGGUCCCAAUGCAAGUAGGCUUGAAUGGAUCAGGGACCUUCAGUUUGACCCCAACCACCCUUCUAACACAGAACUCACAGAACUCCUUAGGGAGGCCUGUGAGCAGAGAGACAGAGCCACGGGUCACUUCCGCCUGCAUGCCCUGGAGGAGGAGUUUGACUUCACCACUGAGGAGCAGCUGGAGAAGUCCAGUCGCUUUGGUCUCCUGCAGCUGCGGAGCUCUCAUGCUGUGGACGUCAGCCCCUCCAAACCCAUCCCUCUCCACGACAGAGACAUUACUGAAGCAAUGUUCGCUGAUUAUGGUGCAUUCCCAAGUCUGUCCCUUAUGGAUGAAGACCCUAUCACAAUGGGGAGAGCACGCUCUAUCCACUACAUCCAAAAGGCGCUGAAUUUGGCAAGAGAAAAACUGUUGAACAUCAAGAGGAAGUACAAGUUCUCUGAUAUAGUCACCGAGUACCACGAGGCAGAUACAGUGAUGGAGUUCAACUGGGACGUGUUCAGACUUAAGCGACCUCUCCAGCCUCAGCGCGUGAAGAGGAAGAUCAUUCCUACCUGCUCCCUCUCAGACGGGGACCUGAGGAUCCAUGUUGCCAUCAACAAUGCCCAGGGCCUGCCUGUUCGCCAGGAGGCUUUCCUCAAGGAGAUCCAGGCAAGAGGCUCCUGCUGUGGUCUGUCGAGCAGCAGCAGACUCAACAUGAAAAGCAGCUCAGAAAAGGCUGUGCUACAGAUCCUUAGGGGGUGAUUAUAGCCACGCGGGCCUUUCCAAAGUACAAGACGACAUUGUCAUCAAUGUGUUUGAUGAGAUGUCCUUUCAAGUCAUUGAGAGCAGUUCACUGAGAGGCUGUGGAAGCCAGGUGUUCUCUGGCAGACAGUGGCUGGGCUCGGUCACCUUACCCUUCAGAUCUCUGCUGCAGCAAUCCAAGGUGUAUGAGAAACUGACCAUCUGUACCCCACCGACCCUACUGGGCUACAUGUGGACAGGGGAAGACAUGGUCAAUGACCAGGGCGUAGAGAGACCCGCGAGAAGAGAUACCAGUUUCAUGAAUGUCUUCAUCACUUUGGAUCCAGCCAUCUCUCUGAGUGAUGACCAAACAGCAAAGGCAAAUAAUUUUCAUGUUUAAUACUGUUUCAUUUUAAAGAGGUACUAUGUUCUAAAAACCUCUUUGCCUUCAACUAAAAACACUUAAACUUUUAUUUGAUUCAGACGUUUGCUGUGGAAGAUAUUGAUCGAUAAGAUAUGGAAUAUGAUUACUCAUUAAUCAGUAUCCAUUCUUUUAAAGUGCUUAUGUUUAAUGUCAUGACUACUGUGGUUGAUAACCAACUGUACAACUGCAUCAGAACACACAUCCAUGGAAAUGUACUAUUUGCCCUUUUCACAUUCAGUAUGGUGACCAGAAGCCCCUUUGGCUGGUGAGUAUCAGUCCAAUUUGUAUUGCUUAGCCUAAAUGAUAAGUCACCCUUUUCCAUGCACUGCUGCUGCUCCUACAGAAUUCUGUGUUUGUAUCCGUCUACGCGUAGUUUUCC